CAUAUUGCCAUCCAUCCCUACUAAGGAGUAAGGAGGUCCGUAAAAGCUCGGAUCAGUAUUCGCUGCCCUAGAACAAAAAGGACCCGCGCACCUCCUUGAGCUAACGGCGUCGCAGAUCGGUUCCCUCCAGGAUGGCGAAGCGAGAGCAGAAGCCAACAAAACCAGAUAAAAAGAAGGAAAAACAUAAAUUGGCAAAACUGAAAAAAAGGAUGCAGCGAAAUGAAGUUGAUCCUAUAUGUGGUGAUCAUCUUCCACAGAAGGAUGAACAAUCUUGCACGACAAUAGGCAAUGAUUCCAAAGCAAGGAGAAAGAUUGGUGAUUCUGCUGAGUUUAAAGAAGCAAAUAUUAGAACAAAAAUUAAAACUGAGAAGGUGAAAAAAGCUCGGAAGAGUAAAAAGAAAGAUCUCCAUGUACCUCCAGACGAGAGGAAAUUGGAAGAAAAUCAUAGGGAAAUAGAUCCAGCAAAAGUUGAUGAAAUCUCAUCAGUGGAUGAAGAUUGCUCGAGAGGCAUGAAAAAAUGGCUUAUUAGUUACAAAGAGAGCAGACCGGGCUUGAAGGUACUGCAACAAAGAAUAGAUGAGUUUGUAACUGCUUAUGAGGUGCAACAAGAGCAGGAAAGGAAAGAAAGGGAAGCACAUGCUGCAGAAGGAGGAUGGACAGUUGUGGUGCAUCAUAAAGGUAGAAAGAAAACAACUGAUUCCGAAACUGGAAUAACUGUGGGUUCUGUUGCCCAAGCGGCUGUGAUGGAUAAAAUGGCCAACAAGAAAAAAGAAGUUGCUCUAGAUUUUUACAGAUUCCAAAGACGGGAAGCCCGGAGGAAUGAGGUCAUGAUGCUACAGAGCAAGUUCGAGCAGGACAAGAAAAGGAUACAGCAGUUGAGGGCUGCCAGGAAGUUUCGGCCUUACUGAAGCUGCAUUUGGUUCUGGUAAUUCUACUAUUCAAUCAGUAAUAGCAUUUCCAUCAACUAGUCAACAUCACAGACGGUGCCAGUAAGAAAAAGCUAAUGCCAUGACUGAAAAGAAGCGUGAUAAAACUUCAGUCAACUGCUGAUUCCUCAAAGUGCUCGCUUGUGAAUUCUGUAAAGCCCAUUAUUUCUAUAAUUCUACUGCUUGAGUUGGAAGACUUGAGUUGGAAGACUUUGUGGAAUCUAUGAGAAUGGACAUGUUGUAAUUUUAUACCGUCUUCCUUUUCCUCUGGUUGUAGUUACAAUGCAUUGUUAACAUGGCAUUGACGGAUAUUACUGUGGACAGCAUUGUUACACACCUUGAGUUUGACCUAGCUUUGUGGGUUUAUGUCAAUGCACGUUACUGCAAUUUAAUUAUAUUGAUCUGGGAUGUUUUGUUGUCCUGAAAA